AUGCUGGCGUCUAAAGUUUGUCUACUCAGAAAUAAGUCCUAUCAAGUAUCGCGAACACUCUUCUGUUGUAUCGCGCAAUCACGAUCCAUUGUCUCAAGUCCUCAAGUUGCCGAUAAUCCUGCGUUCUUUACUCCAAUACCACCUGGAGAUUUAACGCUUCAAUUCAAGCACCGCAUUGCGGGAAGGAAAUACUUGCCUGGUUCCCAAGGCAAAGGAUUUCCAGAGUUCCUGGCCUCUCCUCGACAAGGGCUGCCAUAUGCACUACGCGCAGACACUGUAAGUCAUAUAAGCGUGGAGAAAUGGGGAAAAAUGUGCCGCGAACAGCUGGACAAAGCAAUCCCAGAAUACAAUGUAGUUCUGUUCCGCAAUCUACCCUUGUUUGAUGCAAAAGAUUUUGCUAAAUUCGCGUCCAGUCUUGGGUACAAGCCAACAAAUUAUGAAGGAGGAACCGGAAAUAGGUACCUAGUUGAAGGGGAGACGGAAGUGUACUUAUCCACAAGUGAUCCCCCGGAUUUUAACAUCGAGCUGCACAACGAGAUGGCAUGUUCACCUGUGCACCCGAAAAAGGUAUAUCAGUAAUAUUCCAGUGAUCUUUGUUUACCCCCUUAAAAUUACUAACAUGAAAGGAAAGUUAGUUUAGAAUUAAGUUAGCUCUGGAUUCAUUAGAGAGUUUAAGUUACCACAAAAGCGACGGCGGCGAAAAACGUCGCUUAAAAAGUGUAUUUGAGUUCUCCCAAUCUCUACUGCGAUUUAAAUUCAAACUCAUUUAUUCUGCUGGCGAACUCCUCUGAAACAGAAUUCCAAAGACCAGAAAGAGAAAGAAAAUAUCGUCGUCGCUUGUUUAACGUCCUCCGUAAAACGUGAACUUAGGCAUUUUUAUUGUAGUGGUGAGGGCAAAGAAAUAUAUGAAAACGUGUGUUGGACGUGCAAAGAUGUUGUUUUGCCUGACCAACCUAUUCCUUUUUUGACGUUUUCGUUGCCGCCUCUGUUGUAACAUCUUAAAUUCCCAAAUAUUAUCAACUCCCACCACAUUAGUAUAUUGCAGGUCCAUUUUUCUUUUCAUGAUUAGGGUUAUCGUACCUGAUUUUAUAAUCAAAGCAAAGGAAAUGUUUAUUGUUAUCUUAAAUCCAGCCUGCGGUUAGCAUUUAUUUUGCUUACAUGACGUUGACUCAGUGAUUUAGACCACAGUCAAACCUCUAUUAAGCAGUCACCUGUCAAUUUCCCGAAAUUUGCUUCCCAUAUUUACUGUAAAAUUUGACCUCUAUUCAACGGUCACGUGCUAUUUUCACUGAUGAUCAGUUUCCAUUUCAUCAAACCUGAUAUUGUAGGUUAUUUUCUUCUGCUUGAUCGAGCCAAACGAAGAAUUGGGAGGGGUGACACCCUUGGCCAGAAAUAGCGAGAUAUCCGCCCAACUGGACCCAGCAGUUGUGAAGAAGCUGGAAGAAAAACAGAUCCGUUACACUCGCUACCUGAUAGACGAGAGGCAUAAGCCAUAUGCAUCCUGGCAGCAGUCAUUUAUGACUGACAACCGAAAGGUGAGACUAGAGCUAUAUUCUCACUGUACCGGAAAGCUCUUGCGCCGGCGCGAAAACCAUACCCUAUCGGACUUUUGCUCACACAUAAGAACGAUGAUUUCGGGGCGGUUUCUGCGCCGUUCAGAUCUUGACAGCGGGGUGCCACACUUUGGUGGAGGUUGAACAGGUAUUCGGACCGUAGAGCAAGAGAAUAUGUAGGAGCGAGGAAUGGAAUCCACAACAACAACAACAUAAUUUUAUUGUUCAGUAAGAAUUAACUUAAUUAAUUAUACUGUCCCGCAGGUAGCAAAAGCUAAUCUAGGCGGGGCAGAAGAACAACUGAGACGUAAAUGAAUGUUCAGGAGUGAGGACUGGGAUUUAGGUCACCAAGUUCUCUCGGCAAUCCCAGAUCCGGCACAAAGUUCGGUGUGCGUGAACGACUUUUUCCAGUUCGGUGCCGUUGCUGUUCAUAUUAUACUGGCGUGUCGGAACAAAAAGCUAUCCGCUAAAGUGUGAAUGUAGCCUUAAAUCACUGUUAAAAAAGCCUGAAAAAUGGAACCGAUUCCAAAUGUUUAUUUGGACGUUGCGGGUGAAUCAUAUCUGUGUCGAGUCCAGUUGCACUAUGGGACUGUUUUCCUCUUCUUUCAUUGGUUAUUACCAAGUUGCGCAAGACACUGGGACAAAAAUCGUCCCAUAAUUGAAUUCAACACCGACCCAGUUCUAAGCGGUCAAUUGCGGUACUGUUCGAGGACAGAGCUGAGCGACGUCUGCGCAUGUGCAGAGACAGGAGAGGUCUGGGGACGAAGCAACGAUCGUUUGCGAAAGGAUUUUCUAAACAACGUCACGUUUUGGCGUUUUUAAGGUGGCAAACAAUGAUGUCAGUCAAGUUAGUACCCCCAGAAUCUAAGGAAAGAAUUGUUGGGAACGAGCUUGAUUAACUUAAGGUUAAAAGGUAAUUUAAGAGCGAACGAAAAGUCCUUGCUUUCCUGGGCAACUUUGUGAAAAAACGCUUCUUACCUGUUUUGCAGAAAGUGGAAGAAUUCCUGGAGCGACAAAAUUUCAGUUAUGAAUGGGAGAAGGACACCGGAAAUUUGUCUUACUGGUAUUCACUUCCGCCACUGAUGACUCAUCCAACCACGGGCCAAAAAAUUUGGUUCAAUCAACCUAACGUACACCAUAAUACAUACUACAAGGAGUCACCCAUGUUAGACGGUGUCACGCUUCCAGACCACAUGUACCCAACGCACACCCUUUAUGGUGACGGAAGCGAGAUAGAACCGGAAGUAAUUCAACACAUCCGGGCAACCGGUUGGCGCAAUGCAGUUGGAUUUCCUUGGCGAAAAAGAGAUGUGUUAGUGUUGGAUAACUUGACCGCUCAACAUAGCCGCUUGAGCUUUAGUGGGGACAGAAUGAUUCUGGCCUACCUGACGGCUGAAUGAGGCGUGAAGUGGUCUUAAACAAUUUGAAAUCAAGGAAUUUCCCUAACCUUGAAAUUGGCCAUUUUGAGAAAGAGCUUUUUGUAGAAAUAAAUGCGUUUGUCCAGUCAGAUAACUAGUUAAAACGUCCACUUUUCAAUAGAGCGGCUUUCAGGCAGUAUGUCGAAUCAAUCAAUCUAGCUUUGUAGUGACCUUCCUGCCAUUUUUCUCAACCAAUCAGAAAGCCAAUAAGUCAUGUUCGUAUUCCCCUUAACGAACUUGGAACGAGGCUAGCGUAUUCACAUGACGUCACGGCGCGCGGGCUACGACGGGAAGAGGAAAGAGACUACAGAGGCUUCUGCCAUAUAACUCUCUGGCACGAUUUGCGGUUCUCUGUUAAUGGCGGAACCAGGCGAAGAUUUAAGGGAUUUUGAGUGUUCUUUUAAAAACGAACUGAGUCUUUCCCUCUUUCCAUCGUCCCCCUCGCGCUGGCUAUUUCUUUUUUGAUUUUUGUUUUUUUAUUGGAUACUCGGCCGGAGCUUCUACGGAGAAGAGAGUCGAUACGGUACUAUUACAAUGCCUUUGAGCCACGAUGUGACCAAAUAAUGUAAUGUAAAAACGAGCGUCCAGGCCAUAAUUUUAUGCCAGUGCCACUCUUGUGAGUGGUCUAUUACUGUAGGAAUACCACUAGUGACUUGAUGUUUCUAAGCAUACUACCGAGCUUUCAUGGUCAGACUGUAUGCUAAAUAAAACAAGUUAAAUAUUAUUUGGAGUAAAGUUUGAAAUUUUCUUUAAAAAAAAUAUACGUGCACUAUUGUCGAAAGACCGCUCACUUGAUGUUUUCAGCUCUAAGACCAAGUAAGCUUGUACCGUAAAAUGAAGUACUAUACCACUAUACAGCUGACUAUAGUUUAUUUAUGAAGUUGUAGAGAAAUCAGUGUAGAGCCAUAAAGCAAUAAAGUAGUCAAAGGCUAGUCGUGGCAUUACAACAGCAAACGCACGCGGGUAUUUUCGCCCUUGUACGUCGCUGAACUCGGCACAUUGACUGAUUUAAGCUGAUGUAGGAAGCCAUUUUUCACCUCUAUUGCCUAGUUGAAAGUGUACGUGUAUAUCCGAUCCUCCCAGUAGCCUGAAUUUCAUCCGAUUACUUCGAGUCGUUAUUACUCCCUCAGUAACGUCUGAAUCGACCGGCCGUUAAUGCCGUCCAGUGACGACACUACUCCUUGACCUUUGCUUUAAUUCAUGCAAAAAGUACAACACGAUUUUCGAGUGGCAAACGGAGAAAUACCGUUUGGAAAUGUCUGCAUGAUACAGAACUGCAUUAUUUUUUUCGGUCGUAAUUCAUGUUUAACGUUCAAACUAUCAACUGCAUGCAGUAAAACUCUGAUCCGGUUGUACUAAAUUCUAUAACAAACUCGGUCGCAAUCACGCAAUGAAAUAAACACACACACGGAACACAUGGUUCAAAAACACAAUGAUUUGCUUUAAUUGAAAAGAAGCUAUUUGGUCCUUAACGAAGAAAAAAAACAAGGAGACAAAGACAGAAAGGCUAAGAGAAUCAUUACACUUGACGGGUAAAAAUAGCAAGAAGGUCGAACUAUAACAUUGAUCUCAGAAAACUUCGCGUAAACAAAAUCACCGGCCGCCGAAAUCACAAAGCGGCUCUAAAUGAAAAACCUACCGACUCUGCGCGAUGAUUCUUCAUUCGUAGUUCAAUUUAGCUUUUCAGUUUCGAAGACAAGGGCAAUUUUGCUGUUUAAGAUAAAGACUAAGCUUAUCGAAAUGUUUGAACUAAACGAAAGAAUGCCAGGGAUGCGAUCAGCUGAAUAGCAAGCGACAAUCCCGCUAAAAGUUUUCAUAAUUAUACAUAAUUAUGCGGAUAUUUAGGCAAUCAACCAAUCAAAAUCACUACCCGGUUUUCGGGUAGUGAGUGAUGUCACUGGACGGCAUUAACGGCCGGUCGAUUCAGACGUUGUUGAGAGGAGAAAACGACUCGAAGUAAUCGGAUGAAUUUCAGGCUAAUCCUCCCAGUAAAAUGAAGUUGCCUGUUAUUGCCUAUAAUAUUAGAUAACCAGCUCUUCUUCCAUGUUUGCCUUUUUUUUACAAAAGAUCUGAAAAAUUAUCUCAUCGAUAGUCGUUCUGUCGCUUAAGUUUUAAGUUUUCUGCACACUUUGCACUCAAGUAAGUAA